GGUAGUGCUUGCUCUCCACACAGCCAUGUCAUUGGCCCCCCGUGUGGCGCUGGUGACCGGGGCCAGCAAGGGCAUCGGCUUCGCCAUUGCGCGCGACCUGUGCUGGCAGUUCUCCGGGGACGUGGUGCUCACGGCGCGGGACGAAGCGCAGGGCCAUGCAGCCGUGCAGCAGCUCCAGGCCGAGGGCCUGAAUCCCCGCUUCCACCUGCUGGACAUCGACGACCUGCAGAGCAUCUGUGCCCUGCGCGACUUCCUGCGCAAGGAGUACAGAGGACUGGACGUGCUGGUCAACAACGCGGGCAUCGCAUUCAAGGCUGGUGAUCCCACACCGUUUCAUAUUCAAGCAGAAGUGACCAUGAAAACAAACUUCUUUGGUACCCGAGAUGUGUGCACAGAACUGCUGCCUCUAAUGAAACCCCAAGGCAGAGUGGUGAAUGUGUCUAGCAUAAUAAGCCUCGUAGCCCUUAAAAAGUGCAGCCCAGAACUGCAGCAGAAGUUUAGAAGCGAGGCCAUCACAGAGGAGGAGCUGGUGGGGCUCAUGAACAAGUUCAUGGAAGACACAAAGAAAGGCGUGCACAGGAAGGAGGGCUGGCCUGAUACUGCCUAUGGAGUGACAAAAAUCGGUGUCACAGUCCUGUCCAGAAUCCAUGCGAGGAACCUAAGUGAGCAGAGGAGAGGUGACAAGCUCCUCCUGAACGCCUGCUGCCCUGGGUGGGUGAGAACAGACAUGGCGGGACCUAAAGCCCCUAAAAGCCCAGAAGAGGGAGCAGAGACCCCUGUCUACUUGGCCCUUUUGCCCUCUGAUGCUGAGGAGCCUCAUGGGGAGUUUGUUAUGGAGAAGAAAGUUGAACAAUGGGGACCGCUCUAUCAGUUACCUUCAUGGCUCCCAUCUCAAAUCCCACCAUGAUUGACCAAAAAAACUGUUACACUGUCAA